CACACCCCUCUCUCUCUCUCUCUCUCUCUCUCUCUCUCACCUUCAUAAUUCUUCACUUCUUGAUCCUUUCAUGGCUUCCUUAUCUAUCUGUCCAUAGCCUGUCUCGAAGAAUUAUUUCUCUCCCCCUUUAUAAGGACUCGCCCUCCAUAACCCAUCUUCCCCAGAACUCAAACCCCCCCAAACCAAAUUUCUCUCCCAGUCAUCUGACGCGGAAAACAAAACCUGUUUAACUCUCUCUCUCUCUCUGAAUCUUGUUCCUGAGAGAUCGCCACCACCUUCCUCUUUAGCUUCACUUCCUCGUCAUCUCUCUCUCUCUCUCUGUGUCACUGCUCAACAAUGUCUAGCAGAAGAUCCCGCUCGAGGCAGUCGGAAGCAGUUUCCGGAAUCAGCGACGACCAGAUCGCUGACCUCGUCUCCAAGUUACAACGUCUCAUUCCUGAAAUCCGCAACAGGCGCUCCGACAAGGCAUCGGCUUCCAAGGUGUUGCAGGAGACUUGCAACUACAUAAGAAGCCUGCACAGGGAAGUAGACGAUCUCAGCGAGCGGCUGUCCCAGCUCCUGGCGGACUCCGACAGCGAGCAGGCGGCGAUCAUCAGGAGCUUGCUCAUGUAACGAUAGUAACAGCUAAAUAAGCAAUCCAUACAACCCCAACCUUUAAUAAUUUUUUACCUCCUAAUCCCCCUACUUUCUUGUACCGUUCUUAUAUUAUAUUCUUGAUGAUCUUCUUAGUUUCCAGCUAGCGCUAGGGUUUGGUCACUAUGUAGGCCUCGGAGAAUGAGAGCUAACAUGAGCUCAUGUCCAUGUCUCUCUUCUCCCCACCCCCCAAAAAAAAAAAAAAAAAAACCUCGUUUGUAGUAAUUUUAACUUCCUUAUAUGUUUUCAAUAAGAAGGGUUACUGCUUCUGUAGCUAUAAGAUGUUUUAAACAUUUCGUGUCCUUGUAAUUUACGUGUCGUCUGGAUUUUUGCGGAAGAGGUCAUAUCUAAUGUUAUCUUCCUCACUGUUCUCGUUUUUGUAUUUUUUCCACUCUUGAU